AGGUGCUUCCCACGGCUCGCCCACGGGGGGGGAGGGGAGCCAAUAGCUGGUAUAAACAUGUGCGGGAACAAUGAAUGCGGCCAGACUCGCCGUGUGCGGAGAGCGAGGAGCGAUUCACUGAGGUAAAGGAGACUCAAACGGCAUGGGGGGCUGCAAUGUGCUCACACUGUCUGAGCACUGGGGCUCGGACAUGAGAAUGAAGGAAAACACAGGGACAUACAUGCGGGAAGUCUGUUAGCUAAGGCCAUUUAUAUACUUCCAGUGAGCGCCGGCUAUGCCUUUCUUUAUACCCAGGAUGCUAUGUAUGAGAUGCAAUUUUGUGGGUUGUAAGCAUUUCAGCUGUAAUUCCAUAUGGCAGGGAUCAGCAGCGCCCUACUCCUUUUAGACGUCUUCACAUAUGUGGGAAACAAAGUUUGCUUUGUCCCCCACGUGCAUAUCAUCACCUCACUAAAGACCCCAUACUGUCACCUUCCUUUGCUGGGGGUGCCUGGGCUCCCCGUCCACCAACGCUGGUGUCUGUCUCCCUUUAAUCAUACCCCCUUUAAAUCCUGUCUUUCCUUCUGCCAGGGUUCUAAUUUGAAAUAGAAUCUCUUGUGCUGUUGCUGCCCUUCCUGUAUGGUUACUGUUGAUGUUUUAUAGGACAAUGGAUCUUGGCUCCUACAGCACUCACUAUUUCUACGAUGUGGACCUGAAGGAGGACUUUUACAGAUGCAUUGCUCCCAGUGAGGACAUCUGGAAGAAGUUUGAGCUUUUGCCUAGUUGCUCGCCGUCAGCUGGAGGAUGCUUGGGUGGAAUUGGUACAGACUUUGGAGCAGAUCUUAUGGAUUUGGGAUUGGAAUCUCCUGUGAAACUGUCUGGCCUCAGCUCUGUAGUCCUUCUAAGAGACUGUAUGUGGAGUGGAUUCUCUACUCGGGAGCGCCUGGAAAAGGUAAUAAACGAGAGACUAUCAACUGGAAAUUCAUGGACUGCUUGUGGUUCCAAACAAGUUCCAGAUAUUGAACCACUGGAGACUGGAUUUGAUGCACUGGAACAGGCCACAGCACCACAGCCUCUUGUACCUACACCAGUUCCGGAAAAAGUCCAAAAUUCUUCUGGGUCAGAAAGCACCAGUGACUCUGGUAAGAUCACUCCUACAUCAAUAGCACUUUUGUACUCCUCUAAAUGAGGACAAUGGUACAGACUUAAGUUAUAUUGCAUAGUAGAACAUACAAGCUUUAUUACUGGUAUUCAUAAAGCUCCAACAUAUUCCACAGCGUUGUACAAUAUAGAUAAAUACAAAAGGUAGAGAGGACCCUGCCUGUAAGCCAAUAUCUAGCUAUUUUAUACAAAGUGCUUAGCUAUAUAGCCCAUGAGCUUACAGUAUCAAGAAUAAAGUGAGGAUUUAAGACAAGAGGUAGCAGGGGAACUUUUGAGGUAAUGGCUAAAAAGUUGAAAGAGUUGCAGCUAUUGGUAAAAAAUAUAAAGGGAAAGAAGAGGUAAUUGAGUGAGAAUCUCAAACAGCUGGAGGAGCAUGCUAUAAAUUUAGGGGGAACUUGGGUCUAUAUACUAUAGGUCUAAUCGUAAAUUAAAACCCAAGUUUUGCGUAUAGUAUGCUUUUAUGCUGAAACGCGUACCAAUAUUUCUCCCUCUUCCUUCAUACAUACUAUAGUGUGUGUGUGGUACAGUACUCAGCUUUGUAACAUGUUUAUACCUGAACUUGGUACACACCUAGUGCUCUUAGCAGGUGUAGGUGUCUAACUUCAUUCUGGCAGGACAUCUAUUCUGUGUACUGUGAGAAAAAUGAAGUUUCAAUAUUACACCGUAACUUUACAUGUCAAUGUAUAACCAUGAAGAAACCUUAUGGGGGAAAACUCAAUGUAGUAACGGGUCAUGAUAUAAUUUGUUUUUUAAAAAAUUGAUGGAAAACCAGUAACAAACACAACUAAAACUUAAUCCCAUCAGGCCCUCCCUCAGGUUUCCUUAUUCCCAAGUAGUAUAAAAUAAUUCUAUCUUCUCUAUAGAACCUGUGCUUCUUUAUCUAGUGUAAGCACACUGUUUAUUGUUCUAAUUACACUGGGAAGCCCACAUAUUGUGCUAAUACUCCUGACUCUGUUAUGAAAGCUCUUUGGGUGGGAACAGUAAUAUUCGUGGUUAACAAAUGUAUUAUCAGUCUCUUUAAAAGGGGUCAAUUAAGGUCCUGCAGGAACUUGUUUGGUGUGAAAUAGAUGCCAAUACUAGUUUUGUGGACUGCAUUUGUCAUAGUUGUAACCAGUCUGUAGCCAUAUGGAUUUGGAUAAUGCUGCACAUUUGUCACCUUGUAUUGCUUUAUAGUGUGUAUACUUUGACUAAACAGCUGGUAAUGUUUUCCCAACUAUAAAUUUCCUACCACUGCUUCUAACUUUAAGCCUUGCUAUCUUGAACAUGGGGCUCUUGCCAUUGGAUAUGGUAUUAAGUUUAUCAAUGAAGCACUUGGACCAUGUCCUGAUAUAACCAGGGGGCUGCAGCCAAGUAUUAACAAUGGUGUGUGCAUUGUGUAUUCUUGGAAAGUGGGUUGGCACUUAAAGCGGGUCUCAGUAAGAUGAAGUGUUGCAUUAUGUAUACUAGACUCCCUCCUCCAGCACAGAAGCUGCUCAGUGUUUAAGAGCUUACAGCUGCACGCUGUUGCCACAUGGCCAGACAAAAAGCAACAGCUUGCAGUCAGGGUCAAACUGCUUCCAGCCAAUCUGAGCAAACCUGGUGUUUGAAAUGUGAGCACUGAGCCAAUUGGACUGUUUCAGGGUGGGUGACUAGGAUUUAUUAAUGGGGGAAAUGAUCCUAUUCACAUGGAGCCCUUUUCACUUUGUCCCUUUGUUUUGAAUACAGACAUCCAUCCCCCCCCCCCCCAUACCACACCCGGUUUUACACUGGCUCCUGUACAAUGCUCCUGCUGCCAGAUCUUUGUAUCCUUAACUAUUUCACUGCAGUGCCUAGUGGAGGGAUAACCCUUUUCCAAUGUCUUUGUGAUAUUGUAUAGUAAGAAUGUGUGACAAUGACAGCAGUUAAUGGCAAGAGGAUAUUUUAUGGCAGUGUUUUUAAUGAUUGCCUGGUUAUAGAACUUACAAACUAUGGGAUGUGUUCACUCACUUUAAAUUGAGGGUAAAUAAUCAGUAUUGUGUUCUAUAGAUACAAUGACUGUAAUAUAGAUUGUAAAGGCAAAAACAAUAGACCCAUAUGGUGUGCCCACUGAUUUAUUCUUGACGUCAUAUGCAUACCUAUAGGGCGCACACAUUCAUUCCUUUGCAUCAGGAAGGCUCAUUUUGCAGUCUCCCUCCAUUCCAAAAUGACAAAUGUAGUCUGUUUAAAAACCUGCACUGGCUUUAACAUGACCUUGUCACAUGUGCUUUUUUGAAUGCCUGGCCCAUUUAAAAUGUAGAGACCAAUACAAAAGCAUGUAUUGCAAAACGACAAUUAACUAUUCACUCUUACUACAAACCUUAGAUGGCACCAUAACCACUAUGCUCACUGUUACGAUGGAAGAGUCCCAUUGUACAUAGUAAACUUCUGAACUGUAACCAGUGUAUCCCUCUUUUUGAUAUAUCCAAAGAGGGAAAAUUCUAAUCUAACUUAUCAAUUUUUGUUACAACGUUGUGUUGGGAUAGAAUUCAUUUUCCGUACAGAGUUGGGACAUCUGUGGCUGUAAUCUCUUAAAGGAGCACUAUAUGGUCAGGAACACAAACAUGUAUUCCUGACCCUGUAGGGUUAAAACCACCAUCUAGCCACCCUGGUCCCCUCAUGCCUCCCUAAAUGUAGUAAAAUUCAAGUCUGCAGCUGCUUAUUUUGUUCAUGUUUCCUUUAGACCUGCCUGCUGACAUCAGCAGAAGUGGGAGCCUGUUCCAAUCACAGUGCUUUCCCAUAGGAUUGGCCAAGACUGACAAAGAGGCAGAUCAGGGGCAGAGCCAGCACAAUUCAAACACAGCCCUGGCCAAUCAGCAUCUCCUCAUAAAGAUGAAUUGAAUCUCUGAGGAAAGUUCAGUGUCUGCAUUCAGAGGGAGGAGACACUAUUUUGAUGCAUUUUAGGCAGCCGUGACCCAGGAAGGAUCUUUAACAGACAUGUGAAGUUAUCACUAGGCUGUAAUGUAAACACUGCAUUUUCUCUGAAACAAAAAGUGUUUACAGCAAAAGGCAUGAAGGUAAUGAUUCUACUCACCAGAACAAAUUCAAUAAGCUGUAGUUGUUCUGGUGACUAUAGUGUCCCUUUAAGUGUCCGGGAUGAAACAUGUGACUCCUAGCACUCUGUAGUGGUUAUGUUGCAUUGUGACAAAGAUGCUGGUAGAACAUACUUGUCAGACAAUCAAAUUCACUGCAGUCCUGAAUGUAGAGGACAAGCAGCAGCUUUCAUUAAUGUGCUUUACCAAAAUUUACUUUGCAUUAUUUAGUAAAUGCAAUGCUUGAGGCAGUACUCUACAUACAGUGUUGCAUCACUUAUGUGUUGACCACAUCCAGAAUGCAAGAGAUGUAUGGAACCAUUCAAAUGCCUACUGUAUUCCCAGUUAUGCAUAAAUAAAGUAAUAUGCUAUUGCAACAUGCAAAUAAGCAUAUCCUGAAACUGCACAAAUGCUAAAUAUAAUAACACUGCCUCUUACUCCAGUGAGACUGCAAAAAUGUCCACUUGGUUUCCUGCUAGCUUGUCCCUUCCUGUUAGGUGGGUGUGGGAACUAUGGUACCAAAUGGUUUUAUUUUAAACAUGUAGUAAAGUGCAUCUUGCAUCACAUUGAUGCAUUUCAGCAUCUCCUAUAAAGAUUAAAAAUAUACUCAACGAUUUCUAAUUUUUUUUAUAGAUGACGAUGAGAUUGAUGUAGUAACUGUGGAGAAGAGGAAAUCCUAUGGUGGAAGGCAGCCAGUGACUAUCACCGUGCGAGCAGAUCCACUGGACACUACAACAAAACUUUUCCAUAUUUCCAUCCAUCAGCAGCAGCACAACUAUGCUGCCCGUCCUCCUGAGCAAAGUCCAGUGUCUCCUCCACACAGCCCUACUAAAGAAGAGCCUGGUGAGGUGAGCUGCUUCUCUGUUCAGCCCUGCAGUCCACCUACACCCAGCUCUCCUGCUUCUGGAAGUUCUGAUAGUGAGGAUAUCGCAAAACGAAAGAAUCACAACUAUAUGGAGCGCAAAAGGCGGAAUGAUCUACGUUCUCGUUUUGCAGAACUGAGAGAAAAGGUGCCAGGUCUGUCUCACUCAUCCAAAAGCUCCAAAGUAGUGGUUCUUGGCAAGGCUACUGAAUAUCUGAAAGGUCUGAUCACAGAGGAGCAAAGACUUGUGAAUGAAAAGGCAAGACUCCGAGCUCGACACAAAACGCUCAUGUGUAGGCUGGCAAAACUGAAAGGACGCUAAAGGACAUUGGGCAGACUUACUGCCUUGCACAUUUGCACACUUUUUUUUUGGGUAUGGGGAAGGAAAAAUAUGUAUUGUAUGCACAUGUGAGACUACUUUAAAGACUGUUUAUCUUGUAGAGCACACAGGAAAUGGGGCUGUGUGUUCUACUUCAGGUGAUUUAUGAAUUCAUGGUUCCACAGAUUGCUUCUCCACAUCCAUAGCAUAGUCUGGAUCUUUGGUAUUUAGUACUUUAAUAUUGACUCGCACAGUAUGGUUGUAGAAUGCUUAGCUGGAUUUAGUUAGCUGACUUCCUACUGCCCAGACAAAAUAACCACUAGAUAGCCCUGGUGCAGAAAUGAAGUUUUGAAAUAUUUAAGUUAAUUAUUGUAACUAGUAUAGUCAAAUGACUGUUCUAUAGAUGUCUACCUGUUAAACUACCUUUCCUUAGAUCCUACUGGAAAAGGAUUACGGAAUUGCACAUAGUUAACAUUUAACCUGGAAUGAAUGCAAUAAUUGAUUAUUUCCCACCUAGACUUCAACUGAGUGUCAACACAAACUUAAUGUUUCAUGCCUGCCUUGUAUCAAGGAGAUAAGGUUUUAAAAUAUACCUGGUCUAGAAUACUGAUUUGUGAGAAGGUCUUUGUGUGAACAGCUCAAUCUAUACCUCACUCUUGUCACUUUACACUUUAUAUAUUUUUUUUUUUUCCUUGUUUCUGAUCCUGCUGCUGACUGCUGGAAUUUUGUACCAAACAAAGUUUAUACUGUAUUUUUGUAUCCUCUUGGUAAAUUGAAACUGAUUAAAGUGUGUGGUUG